UAUCGCCCUUUGUCCGGGAGACCCUGCAGCUCCUUCAGGUGCUCCAGCAGUUCAUAGAUGGGUUAAAUCUCAGAGCGCUGGAUCUAGGCUUUCCAGCACCAUCAGGGCGAGCUCUCCUAGCUGGAAGGUUUCUGUGCACCGCGAACUCAGUCACCUUCCUGACUUGCUCAGUUUCACUUUUGGUCUCAACAGUAAAAAGAAAUUGUAUGGGCACUCUGCCUUCUAACUGUGACCUUCUCAGUCACUGGUGCUGGGCUGCAAGUCUGCAUUGGGAAGUCAGACCUGGACAGCAGUAUGCCCUCCUCGGGGGCCCUGAAGGACCUUAGCCUCGGCCAGCACUUCAGGAUGAUGGUGAUUUGCAUAGUGCUCCUUCAGGUGCUCCUGCAGGCUGUGUCUGUGGCUGUGACUUACAUGUACUUCACCAACAAGAUGAAGCAGCUGCAGGACAAUUACUCCAAAAUCGGACUAGCUUGCUUCUCAAAGACGGAUGAGGAUUUCUGGGACUCCACUGAUGGAGAGAUCCUGAACAGACCCUGCUUGCAGGUUAAGAGGCAACUGUAUCAGCUCAUUGAAGAGGUGACUUUGAGAACUUUUCAGGACACCAUUUCUACAGUUCCAGAAAAGCAGCUAAGUACUCCUCCCUUGCCCAGAGGUGGAAGACCUCAGAAAGUGGCAGCUCACAUUACUGGGAUCACUCGGAGAAGCAACUCCGCUUCAAUUCCAAUCUCCAAGGAUGGAAAGACCUUAGGCCAGAAGAUUGAAUCCUGGGAGUCCUCGCGGAAAGGGCAUUCAUUUCUCAACCACAUGCUCUUUAGGAACGGAGAACUGGUCAUCGAGCAAGAGGGCCUAUAUUACAUCUAUUCCCAAACAUACUUCCGAUUUCAGGAGGCUGAAGAGGCUUCCAAGAUGGUCUCAAAGGACAAGGUGAGAACCAAACAGCUGGUGCAGUACAUCUACAAGUACACCAGCUAUCCGGAUCCCAUAGUGCUGAUGAAGAGCGCCAGAAACAGCUGUUGGUCCAGAGAUGCCGAGUACGGACUGUACUCCAUCUAUCAGGGAGGACUGUUCGAGCUAAAAAAAAAUGACAGGAUUUUUGUUUCUGUGACCAAUGAACAUUUGAUGGACCUGGAUCAAGAAGCCAGCUUCUUUGGAGCCUUUUUAGUUAACUAAAUGACCAGUAAAGAUCAAACGCACCCUUAAAGUACCCAGUGAUCUUCUAGGUUGAAGGCAUGCCCGGAAAGCAUCUGAACUGGUUUGGGUAUGGCCUGGCUGUAGAAACCUCAAGACAGAUGUGACAGAAAGGCAGCUGGAACUCAGCAGCGACAGGCCAACAGUCCAGCCACAGACACUUUCGGUGUUUCAUCGAGAGACUUGCUUUCUUCCUGUGUUAGACCUAGUGGGGAAACCCCCACUCAAUUCCCGAUUCGGUGUGCACCCAAAAACACAUGAAGGACCAUCUU